AUGAUAAGUGAAAAUAUCAAAUCAAAGGUUGAGGAAGAAGAGGAAGAGGAAGAAGAGGAGGAGGACGAUUCAGUGAUUGACAUCCAUCAUCGUAAAUUUGUCUAUAAAGUUCGAUCAAUACCAUCAUCUAAUCAUCCGGCAACAUCAUUUCAUAUGACACUACAAAAUACUUCAUCACCCUCAACUAAUUCAUCUUAUGUGAUGAAAACGGAUGAAACGUCAACAAUUCAAACAAUUGAUUCAAAUAAAUUUUCCAAUGAUGAAUCAUUACUUCCCAAAAAUUCUGAGCCUCAAGCUUUAUCCGUAACAAAUGACACACAACAAAAUCUUGUACCAACAAUUAUAUUCAAUGAAGCUGAACAAUUUCCAUCAUUUGAAACUCAACCGGAUAUGCUAAACUAUGGUAAUGAACAUGAUCAGGAACAAAUGAUCAAUUCCAAUAAACCAUUUCAACAAUUGAAUACAUCAUCAUAUGGCGAGCAAUUUUUAAAUGAUACAUCGUUUAGCGAUAUUGGUUAUAAUUUCAAUGAUGAAUUUGAUGCAUCUUUUACGAUUCCAAAGGAUUUCGAACCAAAUGAAACUGAUGUCCUUCAUUACGAUGAAGUUAUUUCUGAUAUUUUACAACAAAACAAUAAUAGCAUAUCACAUAUUCAGCAUGCUCCAUUAUUUGGUUGUGCUGCUGAAAAUUUAUUCAAUUUUCCAACUUCCGACUACGAUUUAUUUGGAACAAAUAAUAAUGCUGAUAAUAUUAACCUAUCUGUUACUGAUAAUGAUUGUUCAGGACAGAGAGUUAUAAUGGGUUUAACAAAUGAUGGAUAUGUGAUUGUUGAUGGUUUAAGCAUGCCAAAUAAUAAAAAAGUGAACAAUAUCGAUCAACAAAAUGCAUCAACUAUACCAUUUUGUUCGAUGGAUAACAAUGAAAGAACUGUUUCAUUAUCAAUGUCCCAAAUUCCGGAAAAUUUGAAUGAAAAGCAUCGAGGUGUUGAAAAUGCCAAUAGCAAUGAAGUUGUUACCGGUUUAACUGAACAUGGUGAUUUCAUAAUUGCUAAUACGACUGACAGUUGUUGUUCACCGCUUACCACACAUUUAGUAUCGGUCAUUAUGGGCUUAACAUCAAGUGAUCAAAUCAUCUGUGGUGGUUAUGUAUCAAAUACAAUACCUGGAAGUGUACAAACAAAAUGUGAAAAAACUAUCGAACCUAACGAAAAUCAAAAUCAUGCAACAACCCUUAAUAUUAUUGGAAAUUUAACAACAAAAAAUGAAAAAAUUAUAAUCGGAUUAACCGAUUCAAAUUUUACAAAUGUUUACGAUGGAUCAUUUUUUCGAAGAGAUUCUUUUUAA